AUGAUCGCUGUCUAUAAAAGGACAGUCCCGCCCUGUAUUUGGGGGAGUCAACCGCAGAUUUGAACCUAACCUUAACCACACACAACAACGAACAUAAAAAAUAUUAUGAGCGACAAUGUACAGCAACAAGUAGAUUCAGUUGGUUCCGUAACUGAAAAUUUGCAAAGAGUAAAUCUCAACAACAGACCUAGGAAAUAUAUUCCUCCUUUUGCCCGUGAUCAUCCUGAUGCUGCCCCAGUCACUCCUGUGAGCUCUGAGCCUGCAUCUUCUCGAUCUGAAACUCCUAGCGAGGUCUCCUCUUCUGGCUACGGCGGACGCCGUGAGUUUUUUCCUCGUGGUGGCGAAGGUCGUCAAGGCGGUUUUGCAAGUGGCGACGGUCGCCAAGGAGGACCCCGCGGCUCUCGUGAAGGUUAUGGCGGUGGAUACCGCAAUAACCGUGGAGCUGGCCAAUGGAAAGACGGUCAACAUAUCAUCGGUGCCAGAAAUACCUUAUUGGAACGCCAAUUAUUUGGUGCUGUCGCCGAUGGCAUUAAAGCUUCAACAGGAAUCAACUUUGAAAAGUAUGAUGACAUCCCCGUUGAGGUGUCUGGAGGUGAAGUUGAACCUGUUCAUGAAUUCCUUUCUCCUCCUUUGAACAAUCAGUUGCUUCAAAAUAUUUUUCUAUCUGGAUAUACACAACCUACCCCUGUUCAGAAGAAUUCUAUUCCCAUCGUCACCUCCGGUCGCGAUUUGAUGGCAUGUGCUCAAACUGGUUCCGGUAAGACGGCUGGUUUCUUGUUCCCCAUUCUUUCUCAAGCGUUUGACAAAGGACCAGCUCCUAUUCCCAUGGAGCGAAACCCCGGUAUGGGCUAUCGUCCUCGUAAGGCUUAUCCUACCACAUUAAUUCUUGCUCCUACCCGUGAAUUAGUCUGCCAAAUUCACGAGGAAUCAAGAAAGUUUUGCUACCGCUCUUGGGUUCGCCCCUGUGCCGUUUAUGGUGGUGCUGAUAUCCGCGGUCAAAUCCGUCAAAUGGACCAGGGCUGUGACUUGCUCUCUGCCACUCCUGGCCGUUUGGUCGAUUUAAUUGACCGCGGUCGCAUCUCUUUAGCUAAUAUUAAAUUCUUGGUAUUGGAUGAAGCUGACCGCAUGUUGGAUAUGGGUUUUGAACCUCAAAUCCGACAAAUUGUCGAAGGUGCUGAUAUGACUGAUGUUGAGAACCGUCAGACUCUCAUGUUUUCAGCCACUUUCCCCCGCGAUAUCCAAUUGUUGGCUCGUGACUUUUUGAAAGACUACAUCUUUUUGAGUGUUGGUCGUGUUGGAUCCACUUCUGAAAAUAUUACUCAGAAGGUUGUCCAUGUCGAAGAUUCAGAAAAGCGCAGUUACUUGCUUGAUAUCCUUCAUACCCUUCCCCUGGAAGGCUUGACUUUGAUUUUCGUGGAGACUAAGCGCAUGGCUGAUACUCUUACUGACUAUCUGUUGAACAGUAACUUCCCUGCUACAAGUAUUCAUGGUGACCGUACUCAACGUGAACGUGAGCGUGCUUUAGAUUUGUUCCGUUCAGGUCGUACUUCCAUCAUGGUUGCUACUGCUGUUGCUAGUCGUGGUUUGGAUAUCCCCAACGUAACACACGUCAUUAACUAUGACUUACCUACUGAUAUUGAUGACUAUGUCCAUCGUAUUGGUCGUACUGGUCGUGCUGGAAAUAUUGGUCAUGCCGUUUCCUUCUUCAACCGUAAUAAUAAGGGCCUUGCUAAGGACCUCAUUGAUCUUUUACAAGAGUCCAACCAAGAAUGUCCUAGUUUCCUUUUGGCUAUGGCCCGUGAUAACAGCUUUGGAGGUGGUGGUGGACGCGGUCGCUUUACUCCUCGUGGACGUGGCGGCGGUGGAAACCACGGAACUCGUGAUUUCCGUCGUACCACUAACACCACCAGCAGCUACAGUCCUUACAGUAGUGGCUAUGAUCGUGCUCCCAGUCAUCAUGGAAACACCUAUAACAGUGGUAGCUCUCAAUCAUGGUGGUAAGCUAUUACAAGACUGAUCCUUUUGAUCUAAUGCAGCUGAAAUUUCUUUCACUUAUGUCAAGAAACUUUGGUCUGUCAGAAGUAUUGUUUAAAAGGAAAUAAAGAUGCUUUGGAUAGAAUAUAUCUAUUUAAUGGAUAGAGAAAAAAAAGAGAAAGCAAUGAGGGAGUGAAUAUAAUAAUAUUUCACUGUGAUUGAGCGUUUUGCACGAAGGAAAUUUGAUUGAUUCGUUAGUAACAGAUGAAAUGAUAAUAAAAAUCGAAUUGACAUAUCCGCUUGAGCGUGCGUUUGUUGGUUGCAGAUGUGGAAGCGUUAUGUGAACGAUCCGACAAGUUUUUGUAUGCAUGUUGUUUCUAUGGCUCACCAUGACUGUGUCAACGAUUGAAAAGUGUCGAGAUAUCCAGAGUAUUGACAUGGAGAAAUUAAUACAAAAAAUUCAAGAUUACAGAAGAAAGCAUGAUUAGAGUGAAUGUACGAAUACGACGGGCAUACAACAUAUAAGUGAAUAUGUUGAUAUUUUUUCGAGGCUGUUUGGGUGUGCUGCUCUAGAGCCUUGGGAAAUAUUUCUUUCUAGAGAGGUUGGGUCUAAAUUCAGCAUCUCUCUUUUGUUGGAUUGUGGUUCUUGGGUAUAUAGUUCUUAAGGGAAAAGGUUUACGAUUCUGCAAUUUGUAGUAAUAGAAAUGCGCGCUGAAGCUAAUACAUUAUUAUUGACUAUUAAAGUGAAGGAGAUGAAUAUUGAUUUAGAUUAUUGUAGGA